UCCUUCCUAAAGAAAAGAAAAACAAAAUCCAUCUUCCCUCUUUCCUUGGCAAGAACAAAACCCAGUGCCUAUGAAUCAAAACGGCGUCGUAAUACUGAACAUGGAAGAAAGUGUAAACAAAGUAGUGCAAAACGAACAACCCCGAGUUUCUACCGAUGAUGAUGAAAUCGUUUGCUUAGAUGCAUCGUUCUUCAUGAAUGACAAUUACCAGCUGACGGAAUUCACAUUUGGCUCUCAACAUAUUCAACUCUUCUGUCUGCAUUCUGCUUCCACUGACUUUGAUUUGACAGGGCAGCUGGUAUGGCCUGGAGCCAUGUUGCUGAAUGAUUAUCUAUCGAAAAAUCUCGACAUGUUUCAGGGUUGCACUGUCAUUGAAUUAGGUUCUGGCGUUGGUAUUACUGGAAUACUUUGCCGCAAAUUCUGCAAUAAAGUUGUGUUGACAGACCAUAAUGAAGAGGUGCUUAAGAUCAUAAAUAAAAAUAUAGAGCUGCAUUCAUGUCCUGAAGAUGUUAGUCCUACUUCUCAUGGAUUAGUAGCAGAGAAACUAGAAUGGGGAAACACUGAUCAGGUCCAUGAAAUUUUACAAAAACAUCCCGGAGGUUUCGACUUCGUUCUUGGAGCGGAUAUCUGCUUUCAGCAGUCAAGCAUCCCUUUGCUGUUUUAUAGUGUUAGACAGCUCCUGCAAGUUAAAGAAGGCGGAAAAUGCAAGUUCAUACUAGCCUAUGUGUCACGAGCAAAGAUGAUGGAUUCAAUGAUUAUUUCUGAAGCUUCUAAGUUUCGGAUGCAAAUGAAGGAAGUACCUGGAACAAAGUGUAUUGCUGGGAAUCUUGAAGGUGUCAUCUAUGAGAUUACUCUCGAGUAGACGCACAUCAAAUUAAUAUAGUUUAAGGUUUCCAGAAGCAGACAUGGCAUUAUGAAAACCAAAACUGAUUUGACUUGAGCACUUGCUAGUGUUUUUCAAUGUCUUUGUAGUGUCUUAAUGUAUUUUUCAAUGUGAACAAAAUUAUAAAGAUCUUUUUAAUAAUUAUCAUUGCUUGUGUUCA